UAGUAUGAGAAUGAAGAAAGUGACACCAAAAUCAAUCUCACAGUCUCAGCUCUGCAUAUCCUCCCACCACCAAUCUCGCCCCAUCAAUGUCUGUAACUCUCUUUCUCUCUCGAUCACCCUCAUACCUCAUCAUCUCAUCUUCCUUGAACUCAAAACCUCCCAGAACCCCCAAACUCACCCCAACCCCCACAAACCCAGAGUUCUCAGUCUCCGUAAAGCAACCCCUUUCGCAAUCCGAUGCCGCCAUUAAGAUGCCCGCAGCUCCAUGGAUGCAGGGUCCCCUUCUUCUCCAACCCCACGAAGUUAUUGACUUCUCUAAACCCAACAACAACAACAAGAGCUUAAACAAUGCCAAGGUCGAGAAGGCCGAUAAGGCGCUGACUGAGAAAGUAGGCGUGAGAGGGACGAGAGCAGUGAACAAGAUCGCCAGAAGCAUCGAAAAGCUCCGAAAGAGUGAGAGUUCAGAUGAAGCCCAGAAGGAUUCUGGGGAAUUUGGAUUUGGGGAUUGCUUGGAACAGCUUGGGGAAGAUAAGGGUUCGAGAAAUGUCCGGAAAAUGCCGUGGGAAAGGGACGAGGGGUUCAUUUUUAGGAGGACGAAGAAGGAAAAGGCGGAGACUGAGGCAGAGUUGAGGCUUGACCAGGCGUUGCUUGCGAGGUUGAGAGGUGAGGCUGCAAGGAUGAGGCAGUGGGUGAAGGUUAAUAAAGCUGGGGUGACUCAAGGUGUAGUUGAUGAGAUUAGAAUGGUUUGGAGGAGGAAUGAGCUUGCUAUGUUAAAAUUUGAUGUCCCUUUGUGCCGGAAUAUGGAUAGAGCACGAGAAAUCGUCGAGAUCAAGACGGGAGGCCUGGUUGUUUGGAGUAAGAAAAAUACUCUCGUUGUCUAUCGAGGAUGCGGGUAUCAGUCAUCUUUGAAUAGCUUUGUAAAGACGCAUGCAGGGGUUGCUGGCAGUCGAGUGGUGCCUUAUUACGAAAUUAACUCCAUCGAAAGUGGUUUAGAUGAAAAGAUGUGCAGAAAGGAAAGUGAGGGGAAGACUUUACCAAGUGCUGUCUUUUUAAAAGAGGAUUUGAAUAGCCAACCAAUUAGUGGAUCUCUUUAUGAGAGGGAAACAGAUAGAUUGUUGGAUGGCUUGGGACCCCGCUUCAUUGACUGGUGGAUGCGCAAGCCUUUGCCCGUAGAUGCGGACUUACUUCCUGAAGUGGUUCCUGGAUUCAGGCCUCCUUUUAGGCUUUGUCCGCCGCAUGCUAGAGCAAAGCUGGCAAAUGAUGAAUUGACAUACUUGAGGAAGCUUGCUCACCCUUUACCUACUCAUUUUGUCCUUGGGAAAAACAGAAAACUUCAAGGCUUAGCUGCAGCCAUCUUAAAACUUUGGGAGAAAAGUCUUAUUGUGAAGAUUGCUCUGAAGUGGGGAAUCCCAAAUACAAACAAUGAGCAAAUGGCAUAUGAACUCAAGCAUCUUACAGGAGGAGUUCUUUUGCUGCGUAAUAAGUUUUUGAUGAUACUUUAUAGAGGCAAGGACUAUCUUCCUGGCAGAGUUGAAAAUUUAAUAGUGGAGAGAGAAACCGAGCUCAAAAGAUGCCAACUUUAUGAAGAAGGUGCACGGCUGAAAGCAAUUGAAGCCAUUUGUGUGGAUAAUGGAUCAAUGGAAAACACUAGCACAUCUGGAACUUUAUCAGAAUCCCAGUAUAUCCAAACAGAGUUCAGGGACCUGAAAAACAGAAAUACAGAGGGAGAAAUCAAAUUGGAAGCCGAAAAGCAAAGAUUAGAGAGGGAACUAAAAGAGCAAGAGCGCAAGCUUUUCAUUCUUAAUGUAAAGAUAGAGAAGUCGAUGAAGGAGUUAUCAAAGUUGAAUGGUGCAUGGGCACCUGCUGAACAGGAUGCAGACCAGGAAAUGAUAACAGAAGAGGAGAGAAAAUGUUUCCAGAAAAUGGGACUGAAGAUGGAUAGUUGUUUAGUGCUUGGCAGGCGUGGCAUCUUCGAUGGUGUAAUAGAAGGCUUGCAUCAACACUGGAAGUACAGAGAAGUAGCCAAGGUGGUCACAAUGCAGAGAUUGUUUCGACAGGUCAUUUAUACUGCUACAUUGCUUGAAGCAGAAAGUGGUGGAAUUCUGGUUUCAGUGAACAAGCUAAAAGACGGUCAUGCUAUAAUUAUUUACCGUGGGAAGAACUACAGACGGCCUCUGAAACCGGUGCCUGAGAAUCUUCUAACUAAGAGAGAAGCAUUACAUAGAUCCCUUGAGAUGCAGAGAAUUGGAUCGCUGAAGUUUUUUGCUUAUCAGAGACAGCAGACAAUCACAGAUUUGAAACGGAAAUUGGCAGAUCUGCCGGAGAGCAGGUCUACUGAUCAAAGAGAAUGUGAAGUUUCACAAACCAUUAGGUGAUAGAUUUAGCAUGCCGUGAUUCCCAUUACAUGUUCAGCUUAUUUGAGGGAGGAAGGAUGUGGAUUUGCCAUGGGAUGGGAAUUCUCCAUCUGCUUGCCACCAAAUUACUUUACAAGAUUGUUAGGCUGGGGUAGAAAGUACUGGCUUAAAACGUUAGAGUGUGGAGCUACAGUUAAUAAUGCCGGAGGAAGUGUAGCAAUCACUUACAGGGGUAAACCAUCAGAGUAGUCUGCGCUGGUGUGAAGGAGACCAGAAAAGAAACGUUUGGGUUUAGAUCAGACAAUCAAAUAAGUCAUUCAAAGUUCUCCGGCUAUCGUGUUCAUUCAAUGCCUAGUCAAGGAUUACAUUCCACAUACAAAAUUUCUAAUAAAUUUCAGCGUAGAGCCUCGAAACUGAAUUUGAAAGGAUUUGGAGAGGAUGUUGUGGACCUCCUGCUGGACUUCCCCAAGGGGAAGAAGGAAAAGGCUUGGGUGGUACUUGAAUAUAACUUCAUGACUUCCUUCUAACAUAUCAACUACCUUAUCCAUGGAAGGCCGGUUAGCUGGAUUAGAUUGUAUGCACCACAAACCCACUAGAAUCAUCUUUCUUGCAAGCUCUUUCCCGGCUUUGUCCAUGUUCAAGAGCAGUUUUAGAUCCCCUUCUAAUUCUAUAUGCUUGUGGAUCCAGUGUGGAAAAUAUAUUUUACUGCUAUGUUUGAAUCCUGCAUCAAUGUUCUUUCUUCCUGCAACCAUUUCUAGAAUCAUCAUUCCAUAGCUAUAAGCCUAUAAACAUCAGAUUUGUGUGAAACUAUUCCGAAGUUUCUUGAAAAUACUUCUGGUGCAAUGCAUCCAACUGUUCCUCUUGCACCCAACAGUGACAUAGUACUCUCUUUUCUGUUGCAUAACUUAGCAAGACCAAAAUCUGAGAUCUUUGGACGGAAAUCUUGGUCCAAUAGGAUAUUUUGUGGUUUUAUAUCAAGAUGGAGGAUUUGUGUAUUACAGCCCCGGUGCAAGUACUCUAGGCCAUGUGCAAUGCCAAUUGCAAUGUAGUAAUUUUUUUCCCAUCCUAAAUGGGGACUUCUGUUUAAUUGGUUCUCAUCAUAUAUGUAUUUUUCAAGAGAUCCAUUUGGCAUGAAUUCGUAGAUAAGAGCUCCUUUAGAUCCUUCAAAACAGAAACCCAGAAGGGUGACAAUGUUUACAUGGGCAGUUCUACUGAUGCUGGCAACCUUUUUAAGAAAUUCUUCUCCAUUACAUUCGGACUUGCACAAAACGUUCACUGCCACCAGACAGUCAUCAGACUUCUUUCUCAGGCAACAAAGAAUGACUAGUGUCACUGUAAUACUGCAAACUCCCACCAUUGAUCCUGCAUACAUUUAAGACAGCAAACACCAGAGACAUACAUCCCUUCAAGUUAGGAGAGAGAUUUGAAACCCCAAAGCUCAAAGAACCCUCUGCCAACGUUGUUCCCAGAUGCCGACACUGGGGAUGUGUAUGUGCAUGCAUGAUCACUGUGCUGGAGUUUUGAUAGGCCACAAGGGCUUGUGCUCCUCUCAUUCCUUGCGCUUAAGGGUUGAUGGCCCAAGCAAUCCAUCUCGAAGUUGAGGUUCCCGUGUUCUAUACGCAAUAUCAACUUUGUUGGUUGAUUGCUCAUAGCUCCAGAGAAGGAAAGCAUUCAAAACAGGAAGGUCUUGGCAUGAGCUGUAUACCCUGUUGCUAGAGAAACUAUUGCCUUUUGAGCUGGGAAUUAAUUAUUGUGUGUGUGUGUGUGUGUGUUUUUUUUUUUUUUUUUUAAAAAAAAAAUAAAAUUUGUCAUUGUUGUUUGGGUUCAAUUCUAUUGUGGGUCCUUGAUUCUUAUUUUUAUGUGACAAAAUGGUUUCUAAGACAAAUGGGUUCUCAUUUUUGUGUACUCAAAACGCAUAAAAACGUCAACUUUGUAUUUAGUUUUAAUUUGUACAAUUAAAGAAAUUGAAGAAUCUGUAAAAUUGAUGGCAAUCAUGGAAUUGGAGUCAA